CUGCGUCCUCCUUCGCGUGCGCCGGCGUGUCCUGUAGCGGCUCCUGAGGCGGUUCCUGUCGGCUGUUUUCGCUUGCGCUCCUCAGACCGUCAGGUCUCCGUGUGAAUCAUGGCGAUGAAGGCCGUGUGCGUGCUGAAGGGCGAUGGCCCGGUGCAGGGCACCAUCCACUUCGAGCAGAAGGCAAGCGGUGAGCCAGUUGUGGUAUCAGGAAAAAUCACAGGAUUGACCGAAGGCCAGCAUGGGUUCCAUGUCCAUCAGUUUGGAGAUAAUACACAAGGUUGUACCAGUGCAGGUCCUCACUUUAAUCCGCAUUCCAAGAAACAUGGUGGGCCAUCGGAUCAAGAGAGGCAUGUUGGAGACCUGGGCAAUGUGACUGCUGGCAAAGAUGGUGUGGCUAAUGUGUCCAUUGAAGACCGUGUGAUUUCACUCUCAGGAGAACAUUCCAUCAUUGGCCGUACGAUGGUGGUCCAUGAGAAAGCAGAUGACUUGGGCAAAGGUGGAAAUGAUGAAAGUACAAAGACAGGAAACGCUGGAAGCCGCCUGGCCUGUGGUGUGAUUGGGAUAGCCCAGUAAACAUUCCCUACCAUGUGGUCUGGUUUCAGUAACUCAUCUGCUAUCCUGCUAAGCUGUAGAAACACAUUAAACUGUAAUCUUAAAAGUGUAACUGACUUUGAUUGCUUUAGGGACUUGUAAUGAGAACUGAUCUAUGAUCACUUGGAAGAUCUGUAUAGUUUUAUAACUCAUUGAUAUAAAAAUGUCUGUUUUAAUGUGUUUCUGAAUUUUGUCACAUACGCCAUUAAAUCAAAUUUCAUUCUCACUCAACCUGAGUAAACAGCUUGUUAAUGUGUCCAAAUAAAAAUCUAAGGUAGCUCUGAUGCACAUUUAUUCAUUGAGCUUCAACAGAAUAGAUUUAGUAACAAUUUCAUAGCAUUCCAUUUUGAAAGUAUUUUGGGUGAGGCCAUCAAAAUGUAUGAAGUUUUAGCAGGUAGUCUGACUGUGGCAGCCCUUCAAUAGGCUGCCCUUUGUCUAAAUUUCACUGUUGAGACUUAGAAAGUACCUAAUUUUAUUUUAAAAGUUAGAUGUCAUGAUUUAAGAAAAAGCCCUUCGGUAACUCGUAUUGAACUUGUAAAAAGCAAAUCUACAGCCUUAGCCAAGGUUAACUUACCAACCUACUCUACUUUCCAAAGUGAAGCUGACACAAUGUUUUGAGAUUGGCCCUCUGUAGAAAUAUACUGCAGCACUGGAAGACGAAACCAAGGAAAUGUUUGACUGUAGGUUCUGGCUAUUUAAAUAUUGACUUUACAUCCUUCGUUAAUGAAGCAGUCUUUCUUAAUGUGUACCCCGAAAGAAUGCUUUAAAGGAAAUGUUAAUCUAAUGCAUUUGUGACUCAGGGGUAGCUUGUUUAGUUGAAAGCUGAGUAUUUGUGACAAAUCAGGAGUAAGCUGUAGCCGUGUUCAUUCAUAAAUACAUACGUUUUCAAUGUAUUGGGAGACUGCUAAAUUGGAGAACAAAUUUUAGUGUGUGCAAGUUUUGAAACUGCUAAUAAAGAUGUUUGUAAUGG